AUGCCAAUUGUCGGUAUUGGCGUCGAUAUUGUUCACUUGCCCCGAAUAUCCGCCCUUUUGGCACGCAGGGGGAGCAAGUUUCCGUCUCGCAUCCUCAGUUCAAACGAAAUGUCUUCCUGGCCCUAUGUUCCCUCGGAUGAAACAUCGCGUACGAAAUUCCUUGCAGUACGAUGGGCCGUCAAAGAAGCGGCGUACAAAGCUCUAUACCCUAUGUUCCGUCCAACCUGGAAAGAGUUGACCUAUCGAAGUCUCACCGACGGUCGAAAACCGGAGGUCAUCUAUCAUUGCGACUCUGCCACAUCCAUCUCUUUGCACGUAUCUGUCAGUCACGAUGGAGAGUACGCUUUUGCCACAGUUCUGGCCGAGAAAUAA